GUUCCAACAGAGAGGUCAAAAUGAAGAUAUCUGUUUUCUUGGCUUCGUUUUGCUUUGUACUCGCUGUUGGCUUUUCAGUGGCGGUAACUGAGAAUGACUUGGCCAACAUGGCAGAUGAAUUUGAAGCAGAAAAACUUCCAGGUGAAGAAUACGUGAAAGAGAGCGAUGAAGACCUCGAUGAGGAAGACUUAGAGGACAAUGAUAUGGCAAUCCCCAGAAGUGAAGAAUACGUGAAAGAGGGCGAUGAAGACUUUGAUGAGGAAGACUUCGAGGACAAUGAUAUGGCAAUCCACAGAAGAGAAAAUGAUAUGGCGACCGAAGACGAAGAGUUUGAAGAAGGAGCACUCGAUAAUGACGAAGAUGACGUAGGAGCAGUAGAAAAGUCAGCUGACCCCCAACGCAUUACACGCCGAAUUAGACUGGUCAGACGCAUUCGUCGUCGUAGACUUCGCCGCCUUCCUCGUAUUCGUCGUAGAGUUCGCCGCGUUCGUAGAAUUCUUCGUGCUCGCCGCUUUCGCCCUCGCCGCCUUCGCGGUUAACGAAGACCAUAUCAGUGAUGGAAUUAACAAUGGAUGGGUAAAGGUCCUGAUGAAUACUCAGCUUGAAAUGACAUGUCAAACUUGAAACUAUGAUUUAACAACUUUCAAUACUUCUAGAAUUAAAACUUCUGUAACUAAAUAGACUCCUCGGCUUCCGUUUCAAUAUAAUGGGAAAAAGUUGUGAUUUGGAUUUGCUUUAACAUCACGUCAAUAAAAAUCAACCAAAGUU